AUGGCGCGCCGCUAUGAAAUCGAGGAGCUGUUAUGGCUUCGCGAUUCUCCGCUAGUCACGAAGCCUGAUAAAUUACCACCAAUUGAAGAAUGGAUGGGGCCAAUCUCCGAUCCGGCGACUCGAAAGCCGAAUCAUCGUGAGAAUCAGACUGAUAGCACAACUACACAGCGAAGACCGAGUUUAUUUGGAGAGUCUCGGCAUAUUUCAAGGAACUCGAAUUCAGAGGAUAUUGUUUUAGGACCUCCGAAGACAGCAUUUGCGUCCGCUUCGCGAAUUCAUGGCAAAAGCAGUUAUGACAAUACCGAGCGUACUACAAGAUACAAUGACACUGAAGAAGGUAAAGGCGAUCGCUUCACCUUUCGAGACAAACUCUCAAAAGAAAGAGAAGGAGUAGAUCUAGACAAGCGCGACGGUAGGUUUGGAGGUCCCAAUGGUCGUCGAAAUGAUCGCGAGGACUGGAACGCCGGCCGACCUCGUCGCACAUUUGGUCAAGAAGAAGGUGAUCAACGACCGAGGCGCAACGGAGAUACGAACAGAUGGGAAGCGCGGGAUAAACAAGACGAGAAUGGCCUGAGCAGAAACCCGAAAGAUAAGGAUGGUCGAUUUGAGAAGGAAGGGCGUUUCGAGAAGGAUGGACGUUAUAUCAAAAAGGAUGCACCUCGAGGAAGACACGAGCAAAGCUGGUUCCGAGAUGAGGGAGCAGGUGGUGAUGGCGUACCACUUGAUGAAGAAAAGCCUUUUAUGCGAGAGCGGGAAUGGAGACGUGACAGACAACUGCCUGAUCGUGACUGGAACCGGGGGACUAGAGUAGAACAAGAUCCUGAGUGGAUGGACUCUACAGACCGGGAUGAACCAAAGCAGGCUCAUACCCAAGAGGAUUUCCAGCGGUGGAAGGAGAGAAUGAAAGCAGGCUCGUCCAACCCAGCGCAGACCGAGGAGAAAAGAGAUGCUACGCCAGAGCAGGCCAGUCCGGAUGUUCGAAAGACAGAGGCGAACCGCUUGGAUGGAGAGCUGUUUGCAACCAGUAAGGGUCAUUUACCAGUUGAUGCGGGCUUUGGGAAGUUCUUUGGAAUACUCGGCGAGAAUAAACAAUCUGCGCCUGAAGCCGUAGCUUCGCCGAAUCCUCUUGAAUUUGCUAGGAAAGAAUCUGCUGCCGCCAAGACAGCAAAAUCGUCCAGAUUUGCAGGAUUGUUCAGUCCGCCGCCAGACACGUUGGCUAAGGCACCGGAUCCAGUUCAAGCUAUUGCCCAUCCUGAUCGUCCGGCGUCCACUGAUGCUGACCAGGAAGGCUUUCAGCGUAUUCUUCAGAUGCUUGGAGGCAGCAAGUCACGCAACACAACUCCUCAAGUGGACAGCUCUCAACAGCCUCGUCCACCGUCGUAUGUAAUGCGUGACCAAGGCCGACCGACACCCCCUCCUGGUUUACCAUCCCCGACUAGGAACGCAGUGAAUCGACCGGAUGAGCUGCUAGCUGGACAAGAAACUACUACUCCUCGGUCUAUGCAUCCUCCUCCAGGAAUGGAAGGUAUGCUACCUCGGGACCCGCAGGCACAUUUUCAAGAUCGCGAGAAUCUACUCCGGCUCAUGCAGCAGGUGAAUGUGUCUUCUCCGACAAUGUCGCAUGGAAACGCACCGCCACCAUCGCAUUUGGGUCAGAGCGGUCAUCACACUCCUGGUAUUUUGAAUGUACCCGAUCUUCUAUCGCGGCCACAGGGUAUGCAGAAAGGACCAAGUAAUCAGCCAUUUUUGGAUGAUCCUGCAAUUGCCAACAUGCAGCGACCGGACAAAGAACAGCAAGUGAGAAAACAUCCAGUGAAUGGUCCCCCGCAGAUGCAAUACUUUGAUGACAUUCCUUUCGCUGGUGGUUCGCAAGGUGCGCAAGGACCUACUCCUGGCGCCGGACGAGACCCUCAACUACCUCCUUCUCACAUGGGCAUUCCACGACCUCCAGGGUUUGGACAAAUGCCUCCUGGCCCUCUUCCAGGAUGGGCAGGACAAAUGCCGCCUCAACAAGGAGCCUUAGGGCCACCACCAGGUAUCCCCAACCCGAACAAGGGUAUCAAUCCAAACUUUAUGGGAGGUCCAAUGUCAAUGCACGGAGGAAACAUGCCCCCUCCACCUCUUUCAAAUGACAGUCCGCCAUUUAUUCGCGGCGGCUCUGGAGCAAAUUUUGGCCUUCCGCCAGGCAUGAUGCCUCCACCCGGAUACAUGAGCAUGAACGGCCCUCCUCCUCCACCACCUCCAUCCGGUGGAUUCAUGCCUGGACCACACAAUCAUGAAGUAAUACUCAAUAACGGUGGAACUGGCUUUAACGGUGGAUCCUCUGGUGGACCACCACCAUCUUCCAGACAUCUUUUGGAGAUGCUUGCUCAUGCCAAUGGCGGUGAUGGACGCGGGGCGAUGCUCGGUGGAGGACCAGGACAGUUCCGUUAA